AUGUAUGAAUUGUUGUUUGACGAUGAAAGUGAUGAAUCUAUGACUGGUGAUGAAUUAUAUGAACGUCAUCAGAUUUCAUCUGAAGCUCAAACAGAUGAACAAAAUUUGAAUAUAUUUUUACCUCCAGUUGAACCUCAACCAAGUGAACAAAUUGAUCAAAUUCAGCAAGAAAUUAAUUGUUAUAUGUCUAAUGAUCAAUGUUUAAGAAUUGAUCCACAAUCAAAUAAUUAUGAAUAUGAUAUAGAUAUUAAUUCAUCUGAAGAAUCUAAUCAUUAUCAUCAAGAAUUGGAAAGGAAUUAUCAUGCUCAAACGAAUAAUUUUGAUGUUAUUUCUAGUGCUUUAAAUAAAACAAAAAGAAAACGAACAAGAUCUGAAUCUGCACGAAAGAGAAGAAGUCAAAAAUCAAGUAUACGACAUUGA